CUGUACCGAGGAGAGCAGCGGACUCACCGUGGCUACUUGAACGAAAACGGGGGAAGCUCGUUCAAGAACCGGCUGCGCCGUCGUCGGGACCUCAAAAUGCCACUUUACAAAUGCUGAGCGAGGGUCCGAGUCCACCCCAUUCUCUCCCCGAGCGGCGUUAGCGCGCGGCCACGCCCCGUUUCCACCGACCGGAGCCCGUACAAAACUGCCGGCGGAGGCGCAGCGGCAAUCGGUUUGAAAGCCAGCAGGGCGGCUAACGGGCGCAGAGCGGAGAGGAAGCAGGACUGUCGGCUGUGCGGGGAACCAUGAGAGAGUACAAAGUAGUGGUUCUCGGGUCCGGCGGAGUCGGUAAAUCCGCGCUGACCGUCCAGUUCGUGACGGGCUCUUUCAUCGAGAAGUACGACCCCACGAUAGAGGAUUUCUACAGGAAGGAGAUCGAGGUGGACUCGUCUCCGUCCGUGCUGGAGAUCCUGGACACGGCGGGGACCGAGCAGUUCGCCUCUAUGCGCGACCUGUACAUCAAGAACGGGCAGGGCUUCAUCCUGGUCUACAGCCUGGUGAACCAGCAGAGCUUCCAGGAUAUCAAACCCAUGAGGGACCAGAUCAUCCGGGUGAAACGGUACGAGAGAGUGCCGAUGAUUCUGGUGGGCAACAAAGUGGACCUGGAGGGGGAAAGGGAGGUCUCGUCCGGCGAGGGGAAGGCUCUGGCGGAGGACUGGAACUGCCCGUUCAUGGAAACUUCAGCCAAAAAUAAAACGUCUGUGGAUGAACUGUUUGCAGAGAUAGUCCGACAGAUGAACUAUGCCUCAACACCAAAUGGCGACGACCAGUGCUGCUCGUCUUGUGUUAUUCUUUAAGGAAAAAGGACAAUCAUCAAGUUUUAUUCUUUGCUCGGUUUUAUGUUUGCAAUGUGUGUUGCAGCAAGUCUGUACUGUUGAGCUCUUCUUCGUGUCUCACCCUGGCCUUGGAGGAAAAUGACGAGAGGAAUGCUGCAGGGGGACGAGAGGAGGAGGAGGAGGAGGAGGGGAGCAACUGAGACAGAGGGAGGGGUCCACUCUUCAGGAAUUCUGCUGGGUUGGAGUAUCUGUGCUGCACGAUCGGUGUCCACCAUUGAUGUCAACACUAGCGUCAGAUCCAGAGUUUCAGCAGCAGACCUCUCACCAGUCACAACUGUGCUGCCAAUGGAAAAGAAAUGGAGAGUUACACCUAGAGGAACUCAUAAAUGGAUAUUUCUGUAUAAGAAGAAGACAAAGAGAGAGUAUAUUUUGGUAAAUGACUGCACAGUCUGGGCCAGGUUACGAUUUGAACCCAGUUCGGAGUAACGCUCCACAACACUCCAGAUCCUAUUUUUUCCGAAGUCAGAAGAAAUCGAUACCACAUAUCCGGAAGUGGCAUUAACGUGUUGAGUGCCACUUUUUUUCUUCAGCGUCUGAGAGGACCCUAACUGAAGUGACAUGGGGACGCUGUCCUGAUCGCCCUUGUGUCGAGUGCCUUUCCAAAACAAAUCAGCUGUUCAGAUUUAGUGCCAACCUACACGUAUCACCAAAACAACCCUUCGACAAGGCAAUCCAAAAACUAAGGAACUCCUCUUCUGGAUAAUCUUGCAAAGGUGGAGGCUGAAAGAAAGAAAAAUAACUUCACUAGUUUUUUUUUUUUUUUUUUGUUAAUGGAACCGCGGUUUUCUGUAUGUUUUCCUUUGGCCUUUUUUUGAAGUCUAAGGUGUUCUCUUUCGCAAUGUCUGCUCCUACUGGCCAAACCUUAAUCUUGAAAUGCACAGGUACUGGAUCCCCCACCCCUUAGACAUGAUAACAACACAACAACUCUUACCUUCCAGACCAGAUAAAUCAAAAGGAAUUCUGUUUCUUCUGUUUAUUUCAUUGUUUUUAACAGGAAAUGUGAUGAUGUACUGUUGACAAAUCUAACCUGAUUGUAAGUUUAAUUCCAGAUCAGCUAUUUAACUGUGGGCUGUCUGUUU